CACCGACGCUAGUAGAUACCACCUAGCACCAUGAUAAUUGGAGGGGCGGUGGGUUGUAUUGGCAGUUUAAUUGCCCCAAUACCCCGUCUCUAUUAUUACAUCCGAGGAGAUAUUCACAAUGGCGGAGGGAAACAAUCCGGACUUGGUUUACAACUUGCAGCUCGCAGCAUAGUGGCUACGCAGUCCGAGCUUCAUAUACGACAUUAUGGAGGGGGGAGCAAAGUCCCGUUGACAUAUCAUGAUGCCACAACACUGCAACAUUCUGGAGACGUGAUGCAGCACCGAGAUCGAUGGAGCUACAGAAACCAUCGGGGAGGAAGCCCCAUCAAGUGGCUAUAUGGGCUAGACUUUCGGAUCUAGCGAUCGAUUAUCGCUGGCACAGUUGUCCGACAUCGAACUCCCGAAGGCAACUCACUCUUGCACAGCUAGUCCUAGGAAGCAUGAGUUACGGGAGAGAGAUUGACUGGCGACACCUGGGACACGCAGCUCGCUCCGCUCACUAUCCAAUAUUCUCUCGUGUGGUCAGCGACAAGGACUCUCAACCUGAGAGCUAUCGCAACUUCGUCAAGAAGCUGAGUGUGUUAUGGCAUAGCAUCCUAGCUGAGUAUACUGACCAAAAGCUCACGGUAGAUACUAAUUAUGGGGGAGAGAACUUUCGUGUGCUGUGCAGCCAGCGGCCGUCGCUUGCGGAGUCUUAUCACGGGCAUACAGCCCAGUAUCUCCAGAUCCAGGAAGAAGACAUCAAGGAAAGUAAAUAGGCACACUUCCACGAUCUCAACGAGACGGUACUUGAAGAUUUCAGAACAGCGAGUAAAUAAAAGGCCAAUUAACCC